CUGUUUCUAUUAGUCGUAGAUUAUCCUCUCGUCGAUCUCUUCCUUCCUUCCCUCCCUCGUUUCUGGACGAACAUCGGGGAGACCAGCGGAGUAGCCGAUCAACGGCGACUUACGACUGAGCAUAUUGGUUCAGGCGAUUCCCUCUUCUGAUUUACCGGUUGGAGAAGAACAGGAAGGUCGCUAAUCCAUUAGCCACGCCAGAUGUAUCAUCCAACCCGUGGUGGUGUUCGCGGUGGCCGCGAUCGUAAACUUUCUGUCGACCUCUCUCUUCUGAUUCUUGUUGUACAGUCUAUCAUGGCGGAGAAUUCUCCAACUUAGAAUACGCUUGAAUGUUUGGCGCGAUGAAUUCGCGCGGUUUUGCGGCGGGGAUUUUACUUUCUCAAUCAGCAUGCUGUUGUUUGCAUUUUAGGGUUUACUUUCUGCGAUUCGACCCAAUUCAUCUCGAGAAUUGAUUCAGUGCCUGAUUAAGAAUUCGUGGUGUGGUUGAUAACUGAUUGCUGUACACUUGCUUGUUGUACUUUGCAGAAUUCAGCUGGGAUGAUGUUAAGGUUGAUAAGCAUCGUGAGAAUUACCUUGGCCACAGUCUCAAGGCACCAGUUGGAAGAUGGCAGAAAGGGAAAGAUCUGCAUUGGUACACUAGGGACAAGAAUUCCGGGUCUUCGGAAGAUGCUCUAAAGGAAGAGAUUAAAAGGAUCAAGGAAGAGGAGGAACAAGCCAUGAGGGAGGCCCUUGGCUUAGCUCCCAAACGAGCUGCCAGGCCACAAGGAAACCGGCUCGAUAAACACGAGUUCAAUGAGCUGGUGAAGCGAGGAUCCACUGCAGAGGACUUGGGAGCUGGGCACACUGAUGCAGCACGUGUUGAUGGUCUUGGGUUCUCGAAGGCACCCCGUCCUUGGGAAGACCCCUCAACCCUUCCAUCCUUCGGGACGGAUGUUGCAUCCGAGCCCCCAAAGGUCGAUAUGCCCAAUCCAUCACCCGAGGUCCCAGUAGAAGUCGAAACAAAUGAUGAAAUCGGACAGAAAGAGAGUAGGAGGCAUGGGGAGAAGAAGCAAGAAAUGGAGAAGAGAAGGGAGAAGGAGGAGAAACAUAGAAGACACGAGAAGAGGCAUACCCGGGAUUCUUCAGAUGACAAGAGGAAACACCACAGGGAAGACAGGGACAAAGACAGGAAGAAGAAGAAGAGAAGGAGACACGACUCUGAUGAAGAAUAGAAUGAAUGAAUGCCAUUUCUCCAACAAUGUUUGUAGGAGAAAAGCAAAGACUUGAAGUAUGUUUUACUGUAUCACUGUGGUAUUCCAGUUCUAACAAUUGAAAUCUGUAUGCUGCAAGGAUUUGUCAAUGGUAAGUGUUUUACCAUGUUGUACUAUGAAUUAUGUAUUUGGUUAGUUGGUUUCUGCAAAGAGAACUGCAUUUCUCCCCAAAAUCUGUAUGUUACAAGGAUGAAGGAACAGCUCCUUGCAAAAGAAAUGGAGGGAAAAAAAACCAACCAACCUUUUGUGGUGGGACCCGCCAGGUCAAGCAGCCACCAACCGUUAAGCAUAUUCCAUUCUCCAAUCAAACCGCACUGAUAUAUUUCAAAAAGAAAUUAAUAAAUAUCUUACCAAAAAGCAAAAAUGGAAACCAACCGGAAAAAGACAGCGACGCGGCCCAGAGUCUCUUCGUCGGCGGAAAAAUGAGCGCCCCGGCAGCUACUCAGCUCCUCGAUCUCCACAGUGCUCGAGCUCUCGUCGACUCUGUCGAAGCUUUCCUCUUCGAUUGCGAUGGCGUGAUCUGGAAGGGCGACAAGCUCAUCGAUGGCGUCCCUGAAACUCUCGAUUUGCUCCGUUCCAAGGGGAAGAAACUGGUAUUCGUCACCAAUAAUUCCACCAAGUCCAGGCGCCAAUACGCCGCCAAGUUCCAUUCACUCGGCAUCUCAGUUAGCGAGGAUGAGAUUUUCUCGUCCUCUUUCGCCGCGGCGAUGUACUUGAAGGUUAAGGAAUUCCCACCGGAAAAGAAGGUGUAUGUGAUAGGCAUGGAAGGAAUAGUGAAAGAAUUGGAGCAGGCUGGCUUUACAGCCAUUGGAGGGCCGGAAGAUGCUGAAAAAAGAGCAGAAUGGAAAUCAAAUACUCUCUUCGAACACGAUAAAAGUGUUGGAGCAGUUGUUGUAGGAUUGGAUCCCUAUGUAAACUACCACAAACUCCAGUACGCAACCCUUUGCGUGCGUGAGAAUCCAGGUUGCCUUUUCAUCGCCACAAACCAAGAUGCAGUUGGCCACAUGACUGAUUUACAAGAGUGGCCCGGUGCUGGCUGUAUGGUUGCUGCCUUGCGUGGCUCAACUGAGAGAGAGCCUAUUGUAGUUGGAAAACCCUCCACCUUUAUGAUGGACUUCCUAUUACAGAAGUUUAACAUCAGUACCUCGAAAAUGUGUAUGGUGGGUGAUAGACUGGACACUGAUAUCUUAUUUGGACAAAGCUCUGGCUGCAAGACUCUCCUUGUUCUCUCAGGUGUAACGACUGAAACCCUUCUGCACAGCCCAUCGAACCAGAUCAAACCAGAUUAUUACACAACUCAAGUGUCUGACUUUAUUGGAUUUCUUGGAUCCUAAGUCAUAACUUAUUCCUUGGGGAAGACAGUUUAUGAAAAAAAUUGUGACGAGCUUACCCCCAAACCGAGGUUAGUUAUUCAUCCUCUGCAAUGACCACAUUGUGUAUGACCAUAAAUGGGAGUUAUUUGUAACAUUGACCAUGAAAAUGAAAGAGGAAAAUAAAUGCAUGAUGUUGACUUCCACCUCGUUUAGCAUGUGUUUUUUCUUUCU